AUGGCUUCGAAGACGGACGUCUUGGAUGGCCUGACGCCGCUGAGUGGGCGGCUGGUCGCUCUGCCGACUGUCCAGGAGCUUCGGCCGUCCUUCGAACAAGCCGACGCUCUGGUCGCGGAAAUCGACAUCAAGUCCGCCAACACUGUACAGAAGCCCCGAAAAACUAAGCCCUUUGUUAUCUGUGCUAGGUUACUCGACUCCACCUUCCCACGAGACCCGUCGCUCAGUCUCACCCACCUCCGACGCUUCGCGAAGCCGGAACACCUCCCGGAGCAUCUGAAGCCAGCCAGCGAAGGAGACAGCAGCACCAGCACCAGCACCGGCAGCACGAUCUACGUCUUGAUCUCCCCACCGCUGCCCGACCGCUCCGAGCUCCUCGCGCUGCUCACACCGUACCUCCCUCCCAACAACAACAAUAACAACCCAGCACCCACACCCAUCCUCCGCACCACCACCAUCCCGCUCCAACCACCCCUCUCACCCACCCAAGCCCGCCAGUGGUCCCACAACCACUGGCCCACCACCUACAACCCCGCCGCGCAGCCGGCCUCGCACGCCCCGCCGCCCAAGAUCCUGCAGCGCGCGCACACCAGCCUCGCGCGCCACGCCGGCCGCUUCCUCGCGCUGGCCUGGCACGCCGCGCGCGACGCGCAGACGUCCAGCUGCGGCCGGCGUGUGGGCGCCGUCGUCGUUGAUCCCGCGCUCGUCGCGGACAAUGACAAUGACGACCCGCUAGCGGCCGUCGUCGCAGUGGCGGGCGACGCGCGGUAUCGCGACGGGCCCCGGCCGACUGUGCCCCGCGCUCCAGACGAGGACGGCGGCGGCGGCGGCGGCGAACCGCCUCUGAAGUACGACCCGGACACGGAAGGCCAGCCCAGCUCGCACGCGGUGAUGCGCGCGAUCGACCUCGUGUCUCAGAAACGGCAAUGCGGCGCCGCACCGCCUCCGCCGUCGUCGUUGUUGUCGCUGUCCGCUCUGGAAGCGCGCUUUUUCGGCGUGGCCAACCUGAGCGCGCCCGCGGGCGGCGGAUACCUGUGCACGGGGCUGGACGUGUACGUGACGCACGAGCCGUGUGUGUGCUGCGCGAUGGGGGUGUUGCUGUCGCGCUUUCGCGCGAUUGUGGUGGGGAGGCGGGAUGGGAGGAGGGCUGGGGCGGCGCUGGAUGCGGAGAAGGGGUAUGGGCUGCAUUGGCGGAGGGAGUUGAAUUGGAGGGCCAUGGCGUUUGAGUUUGUCGAGGAUGGUGUGGAGGAUGAUGGUGGUGGGGAUGAUGGGUUUGGAUUCCAUGCGUGA